ACUUGUUUAGCAUAUAUAUAUAAUGCUAGAGAUCGACACUAAUUUGCUAUUUCGAAGGUGACACUCGAGUCGGGACUUUCCAGCAAGUGGCACCUGAAAAUGAUAAAAUAUAUUCUAUUUUCGGCACUAGUUGGACUGGCUGCGGCUGGCACCAGCAGCAUCUGCCCAUCGGAAGGAACUCGAAAAUUAGCGAUACCUCGAUUGACGACUCGCUACGUGACGUGUAUCGAUGGAAUCCCGUCCGUGAGUACAUGCGAAUCGGGAACCCAAUUCGACGCUAGCUACGAACAGUGUGUCGUGAUCUCAACGGUAGAAAAAGCAGCAGAUGUUGAGAUCGUAUGUCCUGAAACGGACACCCCGGAGGAACCAAUCUAUGUUGCACAUCCGGGCAGAUGUUAUGUAUACUUUAUCUGCGUAAAUAAUGUGCCACAUGAACAGAUAUGUCCAGACGGAACAUACUUUAACCCUGCUGUGAAUACGUGUGACCUUCCGGAAAAGGUUGAUUGUGAAAGUUAAAUUUUAUGAGCCAUGCAUUUAAUAGAAAAAAGACUGUGGUUAACACAAAAGUCUAAACAAACUCGUAUUAACUCGAAUUGAACUCAAUCAGAAGAUUCCCGAACAAACGUUGAAAUAAAACACAGCUGAAAGGGCCACGGAUAAUGCUUUGCGAUUGAAAAACCAGUUACAAAUUUAGAACUUGAUUCAUUCAAAAUUCAUCCAUUAAAGCAGUGAAACCUUUCCAUUGGUAAUAAAACAUCCCACUAUUGCAA